AUGUAAAUAAUAAUAAUAUUUAUAACAAAAGAAUAAAUACAAUAAUUAUAAGCGACAUACAGUGUUAUUUUCCAAAAAGAUAAACCUUACUAUAUCACUGCAUAUAAUAACAUAGGUAUUACACAACUGUGAGUCAUAUAAGGUCCAUAAUAAUAAUAUACAUAGUAUAUUCUAUUACUAUUAAAAUUUAUACAUAUAUUCUAUAUACGAUGUACUUGAUCAUAUUCUCGAAUAUCAGACCUCGAAAGCCUCAGACAAGCAGCAGGAAAGUAAUAGUGUAAAUCUGAGAUUAAUAUCUAAUAGGUGGUUUUAUUCUCCAGCACUUAUAAGCGUAGAGAAGAAUCCUCCAGAUCUGGAUCCAUCGCCGGCAUCACCCAAAGGCUUGUGACACAUUUAUUUUAUAAUACAUAAUUACCUAUUACUUUUAACCUAAUAACUUAAAAUAUUAAAUUUCUUUUCUUUAUAUUUUCACGUUAUUAUAAUUAAAAAGGUCAUCAAUGCUAUCUUCAUACUCUAGAUAUUAGAUACCUAAUGUUAAAUUACUUUCUAUAGUUAUUAUGGCUAAGGAAUUUAAUCUUUCUUGCUACAUAGUUGAUUGUAAAUAAUUGUUCAUUAUUUAUAAAACAGAAAAUGUACAUUCGGCGGUACAGUUAGUACUUAGUAACUUUAACUGGUGUUAAACAAAUAUUCGAAGUGUAAUUUCAAUAAUAGUAUACAAAAUACCUAUAAAAAAAAAUGUAUAGUGUAUUGUAUAAUUGUAUCUAUAAUUUAUAAUAAAUUUGAUAAGCAAUAAACUAUUAUAAAAUACAAUCGUCGUCGUCAUCGACAAGUUACUGGAAAAAAAUAAAAAUAUUACUUUACUAAAAAUAAAUAAACACAAACUCCAAAUACACCGUUUGAAAUGUUGAAACGGUAAAACAAAUAAAAAAUUAUGUAAAUAUAUUACAUAUAAAAAUAAAAUAAAUAUUUUACACAAUUUUGGGCAAUUUUGGUACAUUUGGUUGAGGCCGUUGAGGGCAACUGGUAUAUUUCGUUCUAGGUUAGUUGGGGGGGGGGGGGAUUUGUCUAAAAAAGUACUUUUGAGGGCAAUUGGUAUACGCCCUCAAUCGUAAUAGUCAAAAGGGUGUAAAAAAAAGUUAUCGGCGAUAAUGACUAGGGCUAGGAUUUCUAUGCAGUAAAAAAUUGUAAAAUAUGCAUUUUAUUUACAAAAAUAUGCAAAAACAUUUUUUUUUAAAUUUUAGUUAAUAUUAUUACAUGCUAUUUUUAAAUUUUAAAAAGGGAACGACCGGCGAUUAAAUCGAAGAUUUAUAUUGGCUGAAACUAUUUUCCACACCACACAAUGUUUUUGGAGCAUAUUUAAAUUACAUAAUUUGUCCUGGAUUUAAAGUAAUAUUUACAUCUUUUUAUUCCGUUUUAGAAUCACCGUUUAUAAUGUUAAACAUUUUUGAAAUAUUUUGAAUCCCCUAUUCUUCUUUAGUAUUAAGUUAAUUUUAGUUUAAAAUUUAAAUAGGUAGUAUAUUUACAACAAUUCGACAAAUAAACCAAUAAUUAUAGACAUUUAUUAAAUAAAUACAAUUUAAAAUUAUCAAGAUUGUCAACAAUUUAUAUAUAUGCAAUAAUAUGCAUUAUGUUCAAAAUAUACAAAAAAAAAAUUUUACUAUUUAAUCAAAAAUAAGCCAAAUUGUGGACAUAUCUGACAAUCAAUUUGGACUUAAGGAAAAAAACAUUGCAAAUGCAUAGAAAUCCUAGCCCUAAUAAUGACCGUUCUCAAUCGUAUUUCUAUUUUCUACCUAAUUUGUCGAUCCCACGAAGUAUAAACUAAAUCAUAAACGUCGAGCUGUUUGGAUUUAAUAGUUGGUUUCCUACACAGUUGACCUCUUAUAAUUUGGUCUGUCCCAUUGUACUAAAAUCCCGUGUACGCCACUGGAACAGAAUAAAUAAUUAGAUUUGAUAAAAACAUUCAACUAAAUUUAGAGGAAUAGUGGAUAAUUAAAACUACACCUAGUUUAAAAAUAAUAUCAAUGGAACAUUAUUGUCUGUUCGGCGAGAAGCAUCAGUCUAUAUAGCCCCACCAUAAAUUUAGAAAUAAAACAGAAGACGUUCUUUAUGAGUAUUUUUUUUCUUUUCCGUAUGUGUGUAUAAUAAUACUUUAAAAAAACAAUAUUGGUCGGUUAAUUUAGUUAAUUUUAGCCGCCGGUAGAUGUAUAAUACGUAUACCUAUCUACGUGAAGAAUCGUGCUUGGCCAUCGUCCAUUUAUUUCAUCGUACAAUAUAAUCACAGGCGACGAUCUAUUUUGAUAUCGAUAGUCCUGAUGAUUCGUAUGGCUUUAAAUACAUUACACAAAACUGAGACUUUGCCAUUUCGUGUGACAAUUUAUUACUCGGGAUAUAUAAUCAACGAGCAAUUUCAGUAUCCGUUCAUGCCGUUAAUAGACAGGUAUACCUACGUUCUAAGUCACUAUAAGGUGUAGACUAUAGAUAUACUUACUUGAAUACGACUGCGGCAGAGAUAUCUUGUUUUAUUUAUUGGUAUAUCGUCCAUGUAUAGUGCAACGUAACGUUUACCAGUAUUCAAAGUUAUAAAGUAACAAAUUGGAUUGUUUUUAUAGCGCUGCGAUUAGUAAACAAACAACACACACUUCAGCGCCGCCCACACGGUAUAAUAGGUAUGGAUAUGGACGCUAUCAACGAUUGUGUAAAGAAUUAUCUGUCCCAAAGAGGCGCAAAAAGCUAUGGUGGAUGGACGAUCUGCGCUGGGUCCGCAACAGUGGCCGGUCGCGGUAUCGUGGCUACCCGCGACUACAACGCGGGUGACGUGAUAUUCGUGGACGUGCCGCUGAUCGUUUCGCCAAGAACGAUGAGCCCGGAUGGCGCAGGAAGUCCGGUGUGUCCAGUGUGUUAUGCGGUAGUAACGAAGCCGACAGGAUGUCCGGGUGGUUGCCAGUGGCCGGUGUGUGGUAGUAAGUGUGCCAACCGACCCGAACACCGAGACGAAUGCCGGUACGUUUGCCAGCUGCGCCCGAAAACCAAGAGCGAUGGACAGACGUGGUCGGUGGGCAUUUACAAUGCAAUAACAGCCGUCCGGGGCUUGUCGAUCAAACACGGCGAGUAUGAGUACUUCCUGGACGCAUUGCAAAAGAAAUUGACAGAAAAACUCACGUUUGAGGUAGAAGAAUUGAAAAGAAACAUAAGUAUGGAAUUACACAAGGAGGAUGAACAAAUAAUGAUAACUACUUGUAAAAUAAUGGAUGCUAAUUGUUUUGAAACAAUUUUAAAUCGUGAAAAUAAAUUAAUAAGUUUAAAAGGCCUGUAUCCUGUAGCAUCAUUUAUGAACCAUUGCUGUGUUCCUAACACAAUGCACAAUUUUGAUGAAAAACUUCAAAUGAUUGUAAAAGCUUCCUUACCGAUAUAUAAAGGACAGGAAAUUACUACAAGUUACACAAAUUUAAUUUGGCCAACUUCAUUACGACAUCAUCAUUUGUUAACUUCAAAACAAUUUAUUUGCACUUGUAGUCGAUGUUGUGACACAGAAGAAUUUGGAGCUGACUUAGCAUCGCUGAAUUGCAUAGUUAAAAAUUGUGAUGGGCGCAUUUUACCAAUAAAUCCAUUAAACAAAAUGUCGAUUUGGCAAUGCAAGAUUUGCACAAAAUUAGUAACAAGCACUGAAAUGACAUGUUUCUACAAAGAUAUCGAGAUUUUUAUGAAGAGCAUAAAUGUGUUUUGUCCAAAAAGCUUUGAAGCAAUUUUGAAGUCAAUGAAUAUUCAUAAAGAUAGUCCAUUUGUAGUUGAUUUAAGAUUAAAAUUUAUAUGGAAAUCGAAAAACAAUAGUUUAAAUCUUGAACAAUUGCUCUACAAAGAAAAAUUGUGUAUAGAAAUAUUGGACUUAGUUCAAAAACUAAGAUUAGGCCAAUGUCGAUUAUUAGGUUUAAUAUCUCUAGAACUUCAGAAAGUUAUUAAAGAAAAAGUCGAUCGUUUCAGAAAGAAGUGGAACACAAUAACAUUGAAUGUCUUCGAAGAACAAAUAAGUAAACUUAAAGAAAUAUAUUCUAGUAUUCUAGAUGAAGAUGCAAACUUAAACAUCAAUAAUAUCCAAUAACUUUUCUAUUCAAAUAAAGGUACCUACCAAACGAUGGAAGUCUGCACCAACGAGAACGGAAACUGUGCGGUUGCAAGUGAAGAUUUAUCGUGGGCGUUACAAAUUGGC